AAAGUAUCACUCAAAAGGCGAUCAAAGUCCACUUGAAAAUUAUACGUAAUUAUGCGGAAAUUACAUAUGCAAAAUUAAAUAAAAUAUGCUAAAAAUAGCUUCGAGAGCACAUGUUACUCUUACAGCCGUUUAGGAACGAAAGUGAACUUCAAUAUUGUUCUAAUUGCCACUGUUAUAUCUGUUUUGAAACCGUUAAUCUUAUUGUGAUUUUAUAAUUUUUGUUUUGUCAAUAUCACGGUGCCUUGUUUUCAUAACAUUCAAUUCUUCAUUGUCUUUGAUUUAGUUAACAUUUUUGUGUAAAUAGAAUAAUGUCAAUAAGCUCUGGUUCAGAUUUGUCCGAUUAUGAAGACAUUACUGAUACAUAUAAAGUAGAAGAAGACACUACAACUUUGAAAGUUUUAGACAACACCAAGCCUUGCAUUUGCGAUUCAGUUGAGGAAGCUACUCGAUUUCUUCAUAGUUAUGAAAUCAGUAAUUCUGUUAGGUUUGCUGCCCUUUCCACUCCAAAGAGCUUUGGAAGUUCAGUUAUACAUGGAACCCAACAUAAAGUAUUAUGGGAAACAUCUGAAGACUAUGCUACUCCUUAUAUUAUAUUAUCUACAAAAAGAUACAAUUGUCACCAUGGUUUCGAUCGGAACGCUGCUGCAAAAAGGAAGCAUAAUGAAGCAAAAGAAAAUCAGAAAGUGGAUCAUUUAUACAUAACUGAUUAUGUUAUCAUACAAGAUACUAAAAAGUUUAAUUGUCCUGCAAAAGCCAUUAUGAAAGAAGUGGUAUAUUUCACUGACUUCAAGCUUAUUAAUUCCAGUAAUUAUCGUAAGAAGCAACAGUCAAAAGAAAUGAAAUAUUCGUUGCUACAAAAAAAGGAUGUGGUAAUUAGUCGAAAAAUUAUUGUUGAGAUAGACUGCUUAAAUGAUCACAAAAAUCACCCUCUUGGCAAGAUUGAGCUACUCUCACAAAAAAUUGAUCCACGCUUAUCAGUUAAAAUUUCUGAAUACAUUAAAGAUGGUGUUUCUAAUGUGCGUGAGAUGAGAAGACUUUUAAAUAUUACUGUCAAUGAAAUGUUUGGAAAGAAAAAUCUUCCUUCUAGAACCAACAGAAGAUUUUAUCCAAGAACUGACAUAAUUCGUUCGCACAUGGUCAAAGAGCGUCUAAAGCAAAGAUACUCGAACAUCGACCAAGACUGCUUAGAAAUCAAAAUAAAAGAAUGGAAAGAAGCUGAAUCAUCUGCCAAUAUCUAUUUUUGACCUAAAGAACGGGGUAACAGUGCUGAGCUCUUGUUUGUAUACCAAGCAUUUUGGCAAAAAAAACUGCUAAAAAAAAUAUGGGAAUGAGAUGUUGUUUUUGGAUGCAACAUACAAAACGACACGAUAUUCUUUACCUUUGUUUUUUUUGGUUGUCAAAACAAAUGUGGAUUAUCAAAUUGUAGCAACCUUUGUAAGCGAAAGUGAAACUUUUGAAUCGAUAUCUGAAGCACUUGUUAUCUUAAAGUCUUGGAAUGAAAAUUUGCAACCUCUUUAUUGCAUGACUGAUUAUUGUAAUGCUGAGAUACGUGCUCUCGAAACUAUUUUUAUUGGUGCGUAUUUAUUUAUUUUACAUGAAGUUAAUUUAAC